CACAAAUCUCUCUCGCUUUCACAUUUUAAGUACACCCCAAGUUAUAAUUUACUUUUUUCCGUGCCGGAAAAUCCACCGGAUGGCGGCGUCGUCGUGGCCGAAACGUGACUCCUCCUCGUCGUCGUCGUCCAUAACCGACGAACAUCCCGACGCUAAUAAGAAGCUCAAGAUCGCCGUCGCCGCCGGAGACCAGCCGUCGUCUCAAACUCCGCUCCUCAUGCCCCGUCGCGUAUCACUCAACCCCGCCGAUUGCGACUUGGAUUUCUGUAUUGAGUUCAAUGGACUGCAAGGCUCAGGGCGGUAUGAGAAGGAGUUCGCUUAUUGCUGGUCUGGGGCUCGAGCGGAUGUGGGGAUCAGUGGGGGAAAGUAUUGUUUUGGCUGCAAAAUCAUUGAAUAUCAGCCUGCAAACAUUGGCGCUGAUGAUGACAUCUCAGAAGACCACAAGAAUGUAUGUCGGGUAGGGGUGUCAAGGGGGGAAGAUGGCAACAGUAGUAGUCUUGGAAGCCUGGGGGAGACGACGAACAGUUUCUGCAUUCAAAACACCAGAGAGUUCUGCAGUGGAGGAAGGUUUUGUGGCUAUGGUGAACGGUUCGAAAUCGGGGAUACGAUAGUUUGUUGUGUGGAUCUUGAGGCUAAACCGGCGUCCAUUGGGUUCCACAGAAAUGGGAGAUGGAUGGGAAUGGCAAGCCAGUUUGAUGGAGGGAUUAAGGAGCUGGAAUGGCAGUCUGCAUAUUUCCCUCAUGUUCUGCUAAAAAAUGUUGUUGUUCUUUUGCAGUUCUGCAGAGAAGAUGGACUGGAGCCUGUUGAAGGCUACAAACCCUGGGCAUCUUCUGUGCAAGAUGGGAAAGCUUUUCCAGGCCCUACUUUAUCUCCAGAUGUUCAUGGCUGUGACCUUAUAAUGAUGGUUGGUUUGCCUGGUUCAGGCAAGACAACCUGGGCACAGAAAUGGGCCGAGGAGCACCCCGAAAAACGAUACAUCUUGCUUGGAGAAAGCCAUGCUUUUCAUAAAAUGAAGGUGCCUUCCCUGAUGGAUAAGUGUAACUAUGAUGAACUGAUUGAGUGCUGGAAUGGCCGUGCUGCUAAAGUCUUCAGUGCUCUUGUGUCCAGAGCUUCAAAGCUGCCUCGAAACUUCAUCGUUGAUCACACGAAUGUCCACAAAGGUCUCCGUGGCCACAAGCUGAAGCCAUUUGCAAACUACAACAAAGUUGCUGUUGUGGUUUUCCCAGCACUAGAAGAGUUCAAGUCACGUGUUGUUAAGAGAUACAAAGAACUGGGAAGGGGAAUUCCUGCUGGAAUCAUAAAUGAGGCUUUAGCCAACUUUGUUUUGCCAAUGAGCAAAGACAUGCAUGGAACAGAUGAGCACUUUGAUGAGGUUUGGUUUCCGGAACUUGGAAGAGCAGAGUCAGAGAAGAACUUGGGUGAGAUGAAAGCAAAUAUGAAUUUUUUUGCAGUUCUGGGAGAACAGACUCAGAGUUCAAGCACUCCUAGGCCAGCAGGUUCUGCAGGCCUCUAGAGAACGAAGUUGACAUGGAUGGUGAUUUCAUGGAAGCUCAGCAUUACUAAAUUAAACAAGGAGUUUUAUAUAUGGUGAAAUUAGGAAAUAGUUUAGAUUCUUAGCUUAUUGA